AUGACGAAAACUACAAAAAAAAAUGUUGCAAAAAAACCUCAAAAGGAAUCUCUUGCAGCAAAGAAAGCUCAUACAGGGAAAAAAGCUGCUCCUGCUGCCAAGAAAGCUCCUACAGCACAGAAGAUAACUCCAAAGAAACCUGCAAAUUCAAAGCAAUCUCCAAUUAAAGGAACCAAAAAAGGGACAAAAGCUGAAGUUAAAGAUAACAAUUAUGAACCAAAAGAAGAUAAGAAUGAAGAAUCUGAUGGAUCAUCUGAAGAAGACAAAAAAUACAAAGCUCAUUUAAAGAAGAAAAUGAAGCUUGACAGUUCAGAUAAGGAGGUACAUGAAGUUAUAGAGGUUAAAGAAGGAAGUGACGAUGAUGAUGGUAAUCUGGACAUCAAGAAAACACACUGCAGACCAAAUGCAGUAUUUGAUAUGAUCAAGGAUUUCAGUGAGAGACAAAGAUUAGAUGUCAUAAGUGUUGGAUUUUGA